UUGUUUUGCAUUAGGUUUACGUUAGCAUCUUCGAAAGCUGGUUGGAAUUGUUGAGUGUGUUUACAUGUGAGAAAUAUAUCUUCGUUAUUGUUCGUUCCGUCUAUGACCUUUUUAGGUUUUCCAUUAUCUGAUUGUGCUUCUUAGAGUGAGGUCUGAAGUAAAGUUUUCUUCACUAUCAUGGCCAUGCUUUCGAUGGUUGAGGAUUUUAAACGAAAUAGGAGAUUUGUGUGACUCAGUUCAGGUACCUCGUCCUGAGAAAAUUGGAAUGAAUGGAUAUGACAAUGUCAGCAACAACUUGUUACAGUAUGAUUAGAUUCAGUGGCGCUCUCCGGAGAACAUUUGUAUCACCAUAUCCCAAGAGAAAGUGUGCAAAAAGAGUUUUGAGAAAGUUUUCCAUAUGUGCCUCACCAUUUACUUCUACAGUUGACCCUAUCAUUGUCCACUCCUCUCAAUUUCAAGUAUUGGCUUCCAACCUUUCGGCAGCCAAUGUCCCCCAACGGUCAGAGGAAUGGUUUGCCCUUCGCAAGGACAAGCUUACUACUAGCACAUUCAGUACUGCGUUAGGCUUCUGGAAAGGGAGCCGUCGCGGUGAGCUGUGGCACGAGAAGGUGUUUGCAUCAGAGGCACAAAUCAUGGAAGUUUCUAAGAAUAGCGCCAUGGAAUGGGGAACACUCAAUGAAGCAGUAGCCAUAGAACAGUAUAAAAAGAUCACAGGUAAUGAAGUGAGCUCAAUGGGGUUUGCUGUUCAUUCGAAGCAGUCUUAUGAUUGGCUUGGUGCGUCCCCUGAUGGGGUUCUUGGGUGCGCUCCACAAGUUGGAUUGUUAGAAGUUAAGUGCCCUUAUAACAAGGGCAAACCUGAGGCUGGCUUGCCUUGGUCAAGCAUGCCUUUUUAUUACAUGCCUCAAGUGCAAGGGCAGAUGGAGAUAAUGGAUUGUGAGUGGGUUGAUUUGUAUUGCUGGAUGCCAAAUGGGAGCACUAUAUUUCGCGUGCUGAGGCAGCGUGAGUACUGGAACUUGAUACAUGAGAUUCUACGUGAGUUUUGGUGGGAAAAUGUGGUUCCAGCAAGGGAAGUUCUACUGUUGGGACGUGAAGAAGAAGAGGUGAAAUCAUAUAAGCCUGCAUCUACACACAAAAAGACAGGAUUAGCAAUUGCAAAGAGCAUAAAAUUGGCCAGUGAAACAAAGCUGUUAUGCAGAGAACUUGCAGGCCAUAUUGAAUUUUUUAGUUGAUUCAAGUUCAGAAGUAGUUGGUUAAGCUAUUGAUUCAUUUUGCAUCGAAUUUUUUUUUACAACCUUUCAUGUGUUGGUUGUUUUGUGAGACAGAUUUGGUGCCUAAACUGGAGGGAGAAGUUGCAGGUUCUGUCUUUGGCACCCUGUUAAAAAUCUAACACCAUUUGUAGACAGUGCUCUUCAAAUCUAACAACAUUUGUACACAUCUCUUUAGAUUAUUGUUUCUAUUUGUUUCUUUUUACAGAAACACUAAGUAGGUGUGUUAAGCUCUGUAAAAUAUUUUUAAACAAAAUUUAAUUUCACAUAGACAUUUCUUGAGAUGCACUUGAGAGAA